AUGGCCGGGGGUUUGAUUCUGCCCACCUUGAUGCUAAUCGGUGGGCUUGGCAUAAACGUCUCAGUCGCCCAUGUACCAGAAAGCCAGAAACUUGCAGUGUCGAGCACUACUGAAGGCGAAUAUGUGGCUCAUUUGGUUACUGAGAAAGAAGAAGAUAAUGGCUCUCCUCUAUGUCUUAUUAUUGCAAAAACAGGAAAGGCUAUCGAUGCGCCAUGUUCCAGAUGUAGUUCAUGUAAUGUGGUUUGCAAGACCUUCAUAAAGCACUCAUCAGAAUCUAUCACGGUUGAAAAUGCACCGAAUCCUCAGAAAAUCUCGGUGGUACCAGCACUCAUCAGACGGUAUCAGAUUCUUGAAUCUGCUCCUUCUAUAACACCAGAGCGAGCAGUUACUUCAACCGGAACCAAGAAGACAACCAUCGAUAGCCAGACCAGCCGGAAAUCUACUCGACGAAGUACCACGAAAGCUGUCAAGAGAGCAACGCUGACUCCCGUUGGUAGUUCGCUCACGAGCAGUAUCUCAGCAAGCUCGAACAAGACAACGGGACCAGGAGAACCCUCAGGGAAUGUCAGAACCACUGAACCAGAUUCUAUCCAACCAACUAUGAGCGAAAUGACUGAAUGGAACGGUACUGAGAACGAGAUAAAUGAAACUGAAAAAGUUGGAAUAUUGAUCUCAUUCCAGAGUCCUCGUAAACGUAGAAGAAAUCCUGGUCGAUACACGCAUAAAGGUUUCUGA